AGAAAUAUCAUCAAAAUGAGUGACGCCGUUACCAUCAGAACUCGUAAAGUUAUUUCAAACCCAUUGUUGGCUAGAAGACAAUUUGUCAUCGAUGUCUUGCACCCAAACAGAGCUAACGUCUCUAAGGAUGAAUUAAGAGAAAAGUUGGCUGAAAUCUACAAAGCUGAAAAGGAUUCCGUUUCUGUCUUUGGUUUCAGAACCCAAUUUGGUGGUGGAAAGUCUACCGGUUUCGGUUUGAUCUACCAAUCCGUUGCUGACGCCAAGAAGUUUGAGCCAGCUUACAGAUUAGUCAGAGCCGGUUUGGCUGACAAGGUUGAAAAGCCUUCCAGACAACAAAGAAGACAAAAGAAGAACAGAGACAAGAAGAUCUUCGGUACCCACAAGAAAGCUGCCAAGAAGGCUGCUAAAAGAAAUGCUGAGUAGAUUAAUUAAUAUCAUUAUGAAAGAUAUUUUAUUCUAAUCCCCAUAAAUAGGUAAAGGUACUCUCCCAUUAAAAUAAUUAUUUUCGUAAACGAAAAGUCAAUAUAUAUUUUCAUGUAAUACUAAUUGAAGUUUUUGUAGGGGU